AUGCAACCCAACCUCAAACAAUACAUUAAUACUCUUUAAUUAUUAGAAUUUAAGCACCCUCAAUUGAAGGAAAAAGCAAUGACUUUCAAAUAAUACCAUUAAGAAUAUAUUUCAAGAAAUAAAGAUUAUCCUUUAAAAUGUGGCAUCAAUGAAAACUUGAUUGAAUUAGGAUAAGAUCUGAUUGACUUUUAUUAUAAUGAUUUCUUUUCUUAUCAAGAGUAAGUCUUAAAGAAUUUAUUUUAUUUUACUAGUCUACCCAAUAAAACUCAUAAAACAUUCAAAGCCUACUCUGGGAUUAGAAAGUAAAAGCAAUUGGUUUUAUCAGAGAAAAAUAUAGCAGAUAUUUCAGUACAACUAGGAUUGAAGGAUUUAAUGUUAGUUUCAAUCAACCCUGAUUCAGAACUAAAGUAAUAUAGAAAUUUUAAUAAUUCUAGAAACAAUCCGAAGAUAUAAUCACAGGCUCUCAAAGCUUUAAUAGGAGCACAAUACUUUGAUAAGAAUAAAGAUUUAAAUUUAUUAAGAAACUUAUUGCAGGUACUCUUUAUUGAUUUAAUACAAAAAUCUCUUGUAAAAAAUAGUUUUUAAAUAGGAUGAAGCAAUGAAUUGUCAUUAGUAAGAAAACAUAAAAGGAGAUUUCAAAGAAUUUAUGGAGAAACAUUAACAAUAUACAUAUCAACUAAGUUUUUAGGAAAUCAAAAGUAGUUAGGAUAAAUAAUACAUUUAUGAAUAUGAGUUAAAAAUUAAUAAUGUUGUGCCAAUCAAAAGAAGUGGAAAACAAAAAAAAAUUGUUGAAAAAGAAGUCUUUAAAGUUGCUUUGUAAUUACUAAAAAGUGAAUAAUUUUAACGAUUGCUGGAUGAUAGCAUGAAAAGCUAACUUGAUAAAACUCUUGAUAGUUCCUCAUAUUCCAUUUCAGAUUUGAUCCUAGAUCAAAAUUAUUAAGGUGAAUUUCAUUAAGAGUCUUAAAUACUUUAGUUAUUGUACCAAUAGAGUGACUAAAUAGAAUGCAAACACCAAAUAAACGAAGACGAAAGGAUUAAACUGAUAUUAAAUUAUUGAUUAG